AUGUCCGCGGACCGUGUGCUAUGCGUAGCUGAGAAGCCUUCGGUCGCCAAGGAGCUUGCUGCCAUCCUGUCGCAGGGACAUGCGCAGGCCUUCAACACUCACUCGCAGUACAACCGAAAGUUUGAGUUCUCCUACGAGCUCGAUGGCAGGCCCUGCACGCUCGUGGUCACCAGUGUGACUGGCCACCUUAUGGAGCGAGAUUUCGAUGAAUCUCACAGAAAAUGGCAUACAUGCGAGCCGAUCCAACUACUGGAUCCUUCUAUUCAAGUCAUCAAAAUGAUCCCGCAAGACAAGAAGGGGCUGGAAAGAAACCUGCUGGAAGAAGGGAGGAGGUGCGGUCAGCUGGUUUGCUUUCUCGAUUGUGAUCGAGAGGGUGAAAACAUUUCGUACGAAGUGAUUGAGAUUUGUCAGAAAGCAAACCCUCGGAUCCGUGUGCGAAGAGCCCAUUUCUCUGCUCUUAUCCCCAGAGAUAUACAUCGAGCGAUGCGGACAUUGACCCUGCCCAAUCAAAGUCUGUCUGAAGCUGUGGAAGCGAGAUCUGAAAUUGAUUUGCGAUUGGGGGCAGCUUUUACGAGGUUUCAAACGAUGGUGUUGGGAAAACGAUUCGAACAACUCAGUGAUAAGCUGUUAAGUUGGGGACCAUGUCAAUUUGCAACGUUGGGCUUCAUUGUGGACAGGGCUUGGAAGAUAGAACGAUUUGUGCCCGAGGACUUUUGGUCAUUCCGUUGCAACCUGUCACGUGAUGGUAAGACUGCUCACUUCGACUGGCGCAGAGGUCGUCUUUUUGAUCGCGUGGCAUGCACGCUGAUUUAUGAAAUGUUGAUGGAAGAUCCCAUCGCCACAGUGAACAGCGUUCACGAGAGGUUGAAAGAACGAUGGCGCCCUCUUCCUUUAUCAACUGUCAAUCUUCAAACAAUCGCUUCCCGCAAACUCCGCAUGAGUUCCGAGGAGACCAUGCAAAUUGCAGAAGAGCUGUACAAUAAAGGGUUCAUCAGCUAUCCUCGUACGGAGACUGAGAAAUUCAAAGAGGGGACCAACCUGCAGGAAUUAAUCUCGAAGCAAUGCGAAAGUGGACAUUGGGGGAAUUAUGCGAAUGAGCUUCUGGCAGGGUCGUUUCAAUGGCCCCGUGCUGGUCAGAACGAUGAUCAGGCGCAUCCUCCCAUACAUCCAACACAGUUCACAAAUUCUUUGAGCGGAAAGCAGGCACAACUUUACGAAUUGGUCGUAAGACAUUUCUUGGCCUGUUGCUCUAAAAAUGCCAUAGGUGCAGAAACUACUGUCGAGAUAUCAAUUGGUGUCGAGCAGUUCGUUUCGAAAGGUCUCAUGAUUAAGGAAUUGAAUUGGCUUAAAGUUUAUCCUUAUGAAAGGUGGUCAGAUAAAGAUAUUCCGAUUUUUACAGAAGGGGAACAAUUUGAGCCUACUGAGCUUGCAAUGACUGAAGGAAGAACACAAGCACCUCCACUUCUCUCUGAAGCUGAUUUGAUUUCACUGAUGGACAGUCAUGGAAUUGGAACUGAUGCGACGAUCGCAGAACACAUCACCAAGGUACAGCAAAGGGAUUAUGCAAUCAAAAGCGACUCACAACAAUUUAGCCCCACGUCGUUGGGUAAAUCGCUAGUGACUAGCUAUGAGGCGAUUGGUCUUGAGCUUGCUAGGCCGCAUUUUCGAGCAAGAAUGGAGCAAGACAUGACCAAGAUUGCUAGCGGUCAAACUUCCGCGAGGGUAGUGAUUGAAGAGUGGAUGGAAAUCAUGAAACCAAUUUUUCAAAGAUGUAUCGCUGGUCAAACCCAGAUGGCACAGGAAAUGUCCGUGUUUUUUCAGCCAUUGAAUGCUUCAUCAUGGUCGCAAACUCUGCAGAGGAACGUUUCGCAGUGUGGAGUUUGUUCGGGUCUCAUGGACUUGAAGAAGCAAAGAAAUGGAGAAACACGAGCAUUAUUUGUCAAGGCGGUUCUCCUUUGA